AUGGCGGAGCCGGUGAGGAAGCCGGGUCGCCGACCCCGGGGCGGCUGUGUCGGCCGAGGGGCUCGUGGGUCCCGCGGCGGCCGGGGCCGGCGUCCUCGCGUCCCGCGGUCUCCAGCGCGGCCCAUCCUGGAUUCGAUGUUUGUGGACUUGGUCAGCGACAGCGAUGAAGAUGUUCUGGAGGUCACAACGGCGCGCAACGCUGCGGAGUCGGUCGAGAUCCCUCACCCGGAGCCCCCAGUGCCGGCUGCCCCCCGGGACAACAGUGACAGUGACAGCGAAGGGGCGGACGCGCCGCCGGCCGGAGCCCCGCAGGCCCCGGUCAGGCGGCGGCGGCGGCUGCGGCUGGAUCCGGGGGAGGCACCGGUUGUUCCGGUGUACUCCGGGAAGGUGAAAAGCAGCCUUCAUCUCAUCCCAGAUCACCUGUCCCUUCUGAAACUCUGUCCUCCAGAAGCUGAGGAAGAGGCAGAUGUGGCAGAUUCCAGCAGGCCACUUGCUGAGGACAUCCCGUUUCCAGAUUCGCCCUGGAAGAAGAAGCUGAGGAGCAGGGACGUGGAAGAGAAGACAAAGGAUGUAUUUCUAUUCCAAGACCCCUCUCCUUCGCCUCCGCCUCCCCCGAGGACCAAAAGCAGAAAGCAUACCCGGGCACUCCAGAAGUUAAGGGAGGUGAACAAGCGCCUCCAAGACCUCCGUUCCUGCCUGAGUCCCAAGCAGUGCCAGGGCCAAGGUUACCAGAACCAAGAGGACGAGGUGGUCCUAGUGGAGGGCCCCACCCUUCCCGAGAGCCCCCGACUCUUCCCGCUGAAAAUCAGGUGCCGGGCGGAUGUGGUCAGAUUGCCCCUGAGGAUGUCGGAGCCCCUACAGACUGUGGUGGACCACAUGGCCACCCAUCUCGGGGUGUCCCCAAGCAGGAUCCUCUUGCUCUUUGGAGAGACAGAGCUGUCCCCCACUGCCACUCCCAGGACCCUAAAGCUCGGAGUGGCUGACAUCAUCGACUGCGUGGUGCUAGCACAUUCUCCGGAAACCUCAGAGAUGUCCCACCUCCUCCAGCUGCGAGUGCAGGGCAAGGAGAAGCACCAGAUGCUGGAAGUCUCGCUGUCUCCGGAUUCCCCUCUCAAGAUCCUCAUGUCCCGCUACGAGGAGGCCAUGGGACUCUCUGGCCACAAGCUUUCCUUCUUCUUUGACGGGACAAAGCUUUCAGGCAAGGAGCUGCCCGCUGACCUGGGCAUGGAAUCCGGGGACCUCAUCGAGGUCUGGAGCUGAAACCCCAGACCCCGUUUUGAUGUGCAGCCUCGACCUGGGGAGAAUAGCUGCCUCUUUGACCCUGUAUAGACUUAUCUUCUAGCUGAAGCAAAAUCUAGCGGCGAACUUUGACACCCCCCUCCCCCCUCCCCAUUGACCCUGGUUUUGAGCUGUUGGUUACUUGGUUAGUUGUGUGGUUGUUAUUGCUGUCCUGGGUGGACCUUGGCUCCGGGCCCUGGGUGCACCGCAUUUGCAGCCCCCCCAGGAUAUGGGGAAGGUACCCCUCACUCCCACCUACCCCCUUUCCUUCCUGGAAAUGGCUGUUCUUACAAAAGUGCUCAUAUUUAGAGCGAAUGGCAAUAAAAGAGGGGCAGGCGCGGAUACCAGGCCUGGGACAUCCGGGGGCUAGGACUGGCAGUGACCCCAGUGGGGGCGCGGACACGCGCAUGGUUCCCGGGCCUGCAGGAGCAUAAGCGGUCCAGCCCCGCGAAGCGCUCACUUAAGCCCAGGCAGACGAGGCCGGUGGACCCCCAGCCUUGCGCGUCUCCCUCGCCCCGGCACCCUCUCCAGGCACCUUCCUGAUGCGCGCACAUUGUUUAAGGCAUCGCUGAGCACGUCGAGCUUGUUUUGUUCGGAUCUCCAGAUUCUAGUCCGGGAAAGGCGUCUCUGGUUUUCCCUGCUCCCUCCGCGCCCUCCUAAGCACCUGUUCUCACGUGUGGGUCACGCGUGCUCGCCUGCGAAUGUCUCAGCAAGACGCACGUUGUCUGCGUGAAUGCACUUGGGCCCCGGGCGGUACCAGCAUGGGCAGAUCUCGUGCCGUUCUCUCCUCAUUCAAUACGUGGUGCUUCCUCCGCAUGGGCCCCAUUGCCCGGACGGCUCUGUGGGCCGUUCCUCAGUGAGCCUCGACUGCAACGUCCACGUUUGCCAGGCGGCGGGCACCGGGGCGCCUCUAGCCCCUCAGGACGUCAGCGAGGCGGCGGGGAACAUCUUUCGUGGGUCCCCUACGGUACACGCGUGGAAGGUUCUCCAACACAGGGACCCAGGAUGGGCUUACGGGUCUGACAGGUUAACUUUCCUGUGGUUCUACUAAAGUGCCCUCACCAGUGGUCGUGGAGCAUCCUCCGUGAGGGUCCCCGUUUCUCCUCAUCCUCACCAGCUCUUGCGACUGCCCUGCUUUCUCAUUUUUGCUAGUCUGUUGGGAGCAAAGUGGAGGCGAGUGUUAAUGGACAUUCACCCACUCAGAAAGCGGGGAAUUUCUUCGCGUGCCCAGCAGCUGUUGUGUCUCCCUUUCGGGCACUGCCCAGACGGCUCGAGGAAGGGGACUUGUGCUUGAUUUCUUUAGGGGUGGCCUUCACCGAAAAGGGAUGCUCAGUUGUCAUGCCCAUGCGUGAACUAGUUUGUCCUAUCAUCUGUUGCUUUUUGAUUUCUUAUUUAAAAAGUUUCGAUAUUUUACAUUUUCUGCUGUUAGCUCGUUCGUUUGCCCUUUCAUGUUUCAGCCGCUAAGUGGGGCUGAGGUCCAGCCCUCACACCCCGGUGUGUAUGCACGUCGGCUGGCCUCAGUUCUGUGUGAUCGAACAUUUGUCCUCAUUGGUCAAUUCCGGGCCGUACCGGCUGCUAAAUAUUGAAUAUUACUUCUAAACGAUAUCAAUUCAACUCUGCCUAGGAGAUCCAGGUUUAAUGUUCCCCGCAGAAAGAGCCAGACUUCUCACUACUGUCUACUAAUAAAGCCGUUGAUUCUCCACUGAUACGUGGUAUAAUCCUGGCAAAAGUAUGUCACCUUCUCAAAACGUCUUUUGUUGGAAAGUGGCAUCCCUUUGACCUUACAAUGUGAGAAAAAUAGAAGCCUCUAUAACAUUUAAAUAAUCCACGAUAUGGUGUAACUUUUUUUUUUUUUCCAGAUCUUUUUUGUCCGUUGAUGAGUUUGGACACGUUAACAUUGUGUAUUUGGCCUCACCAAAAUAAAGGGGAGUCCUUUCACCUUG